CGCUGUGGCCCGAAAAACAAGUUGCACGUCUGCUUGAGCUGAUAUAUCAGAAAUCCUCUUUCAAGAUUUCUUCCGGGAUCACUUGUUGUGUUUUUGUUCGAGUGGAGAUUAUACCACUAGGGGACUGGAACACCUGUGUAUGCUGUUGAUUUGGUAAUUUGAUAUCCAGUUAAUUAUCUGUAAAUAAUCAAAACAGCCACUCGACUCGCCACUCGGACUCGUACCGACCAGCCAGCUGCACAUUUUUUUGUCGCGACAACAGCCUCUUCCCCCGAGCCUCUGUCGUAUGGCUGUCCAUCCACCACCCCCAUUCGCACUCUGCCUCUGGCCUUUCACGUUCCUACGUUUAUAGCAAUAGCAGUAGCUCAAGCUGAAGGAUAUGCCUCAGUUUUUUUUAGACGCGGGAUUUGUCUGACAUGUCUGAGCUUAGCUGAGCAAACGGAUUAUUAUCAGAAAGAAUUGGACUGAAUUAGUGUGACUCUGUGAACUGUAAAUUGAAAAAAAAAGUGCAUGGCGAGCAAAACCAAUUGGAAGUUUGCAGUAGAGAGGUAGAGGUGAAUAUUGAUGAGUAAAAAUGGAAAUAUUGGGGUUGAAGAUAACUCUAAUGCUUGUUCUGAUGUUGACUUGUUUCUUUUUUGCACUGAUUCCUCUGAGGAUAGCUAAACUUGUAGUAACAAGCAAUGGAAACCCAAAUAGACAAAACAUUCAAAGACAAGCAAAACGGGUGAUGAGCUUCCUUGGUUGCUUCGGUGGUGGUGUAUUUCUAUGCACAUGUCUACUGGACCUCUUGCCCCAUGUACGGGAUGAAUUGAGCUCUUAUUUUGAUCGCCAAGAGAUACACACAUCAUACCCAGUAGCAGAAUUCGUUGUAGCUUGUGGAUUCUUUCUUGUGUUGAUCAUUGAACAGACAGCAUUAGAGUACAAAGAGAAAAGCGAUUCUUCAAAGCCCACAAAGGAAAUUCAUGCACCUGAUGCUGGAGAAGUUGAAACAAAUAGUACGCCACUCUUGCCUGAAGAAGAAGUACGAUAUGAAGGAACGAACAAUCAACGUUGCGAUUAUGGUAGUUUCCAGCAGGAAUGCAACUCCAGUCUUAAUGUCCAUGGGAAUGCAAAGCUGCAGAGAUCGCUAUCGAAUCGCAGUACCAGGGAUAUAAAUGCAGAUGAAGCAGAUAACCAUGAUCUCCAUUCCCACUCAGCCCUUCGUUCGUUGCUUCUCCUCCUGGCCCUUUCUCUGCAUUCUGUCUUCGAGGGCUUAGCCAUGGGACUGCAGACUAACAAUCAACAGCUCCUGGCAAUAUUCACUGCUGUAAUCAUCCACAAGAACAUCCUCGCUUUCAGCCUUGGUAUGAACCUGGUCCAGAGCCAUCUAUCUAGGUGCUCUGUCGUCCUCUCCUGCUUGUGCUUCGCCAUGAUGGCACCGAUUGGAAUUACACUGGGAAUCAUCCUUAUCGAGAGCAUCUCCGACUUCACGCAAACCAUCACGGAUGGUAUCCUUCAAGGUAUUGCCACUGGAACCUUCCUGUACGUCACCUUCUUUGAAGUGCUCCCUCAUGAGAUGAAUUCCAGCAAGGACAGACUUCUCAAAGUGUUCUUCUUAGUCCUAGGUUUCUCUACUAUGGCUGGACUUCUCUUCCUAGACCCAUCUUAAACAUAUCAUCAGACAAACUUGUUACAUAGGGGCUCAGCCUUUUUGACGGUUGCAUGUUUAAUCUUUUCUUGCAGCUUUUUACAGUCCUUGUAAAUUAUGUAGCCUGGUUUAAAAUUUGAAUCCCUUGGGCAAGCUUUAUAAUUAAGGUGUAGAUUGUCCCCUUUCUGGGAAUUUUUCUACUUCCAUUCCAGACAUCAGUGUGUGUUUCCCAAUCAGAGAAAAUAAAUGCUAUACAAACGAUGUGUAAUAGGUAAAGCUUUAUUAAGUACAUUGCAUUAAUAUCAAUUAUAAAUGGCAUGUACAGAGCACAGUGCUUUGAUGAAUAUUGAUGAAAAAUACCAAUAGAAACUGUCAAGAUAUUUCUAGGUAUGCAUACUUUUGUAGGCCUAAAUGUAUCGAAGAUUGGUCAUUGUAUCUUAAAUCUGUUUAAUUGCAUUUCUUUUGCUGCAUUCGUAUAAUUUCUAUCCAAUUGAUGGAAUCGCUCUUUCAUGGUAUAGUAUUGAUUGAUACAUGAUACAUGCAAAGGUGUAGAUCAUGAUUGGCAAUGGCUUAAAGAUUUAUACGAGCCUAUAUAUUCAAACAUACAGGCGAAUGAUUUUUUUUAUUUGAUUUGGACCAAUCAGGCUAUGAUGAUUCAAUACAUGAAAUUGGGCAAUUUUUUUUUCCUUGUAUGAUUUAGAUGAUGUUGAUGUUGGUGUUGAAAUCGUAGGUCAGGCUACAUUUUUAUCCACAUAUAAUCCAACCAUCAAGUAUAUUUGAAAAUAUAUCACAUUAGUGGUAGCUCAGUUGGAAAAAAAUUCUAUCCCAACUUCAGUGUCAGCUUAGGUUUGGUCUUGUGACUGGUUUAAAAAGAUGUUCAAGCACCUACCUCAUUUUAUGUGGGUUGGGAUUGGUGUGUUGGGAUUUUUGCCACCUACAAGUAUGUGUAAACACAUGUACAGUGUUGUAUUUCUUCUUAGAAUGUGUCAAAGUGCACUGUUCAAAGAGGUUACCUUUAGAAAACAUGUAAUUUUCUGAUGCUGAAGAGCUCAAGCUGUUGUAGGAUUUUUCUUUAUCUGUGCAACAAUAUGUACUUAUAUUUCUCCAUUGUUUGUGGUACAACUCAAGACUACUGUUUCAAUAUCAUUUUCAAAUGUUUCCUCCUUCAGUUGACUUUGCAAAUUGAUGGACUCAAUUCAUUAUUUUUCUGUGGUAGACAAAGGCAUGAAAAAUCAGAGGUUGAUUACUACCACUUUAAAUUACUUGAGAAAACAUGUAGGUCGCCGUCCCCCUCAAUAUGCCAGCCACCACCCAUACUGUCCCAUAAUAGGUCUACAUAUGCUGUACAAAAUGUUGAUUUGUUUCAAUACCAUUUAAUGAUCUGGGGUCCGUUGCAGAAAGAGUUGCGUUUAAACGCAAGU